AUGAGUUGCCAAUCUUUUUCUUCAGCUGAUACCUUUAUACCUCUGAAUUCUGAUGCUUCUGCAACCCUGCCUCUGAUUAUGCACCACAGUGCUGCCGAGUGUCUACCGGUCUCCAAUCAUGCCACCAAUGUGAUGUCUACAGUCCCGUCUGUUUUGUCUUUGAUCCAAACUCCUAAAUGUCUGUGCACACAUUUCUCGGUGGCAACGUUGGGAAAUACAGCAACGGGACUUCAUUAUUCUGUUCCUUCCUGUCAUUAUGGAAACCAGCCAUCAACCUAUGGAGUGAUGGCAGGUAGUUUAACUCCUUGUCUUUAUAAGUUUCCUGACCACACCUUGAGUCAUGGCUUUCCCCCCAUACACCAGCCCCUCCUUGCAGAGGACCCCACCGCUGAUUUCAAGCAGGAACUCAGGCGGAAAAGUAAAUUGGUUGAAGAGCCAAUAGACAUGGAUUCUCCCGAAAUCCGAGAACUUGAGAAGUUCGCCAAUGAAUUUAAAGUGAGAAGAAUUAAGUUAGGAUACACCCAGACAAAUGUCGGGGAGGCCCUGGCAGCUGUGCACGGCUCUGAAUUCAGUCAAACAACUAUCUGCCGAUUUGAAAACCUGCAGCUCAGCUUUAAAAAUGCGUGCAAACUAAAAGCAAUAUUAUCCAAAUGGCUAGAGGAAGCAGAGCAAGUGGGAGCUUUGUACAAUGAAAAAGUGGGAGCAAAUGAAAGGAAAAGGAAGCGAAGAACAACUAUAAGUAUUGCUGCUAAAGACGCUCUGGAGAGACACUUUGGAGAGCAAAAUAAACCUUCCUCUCAAGAGAUCAUGCGGAUGGCUGAAGAACUGAAUCUUGAGAAAGAAGUAGUAAGAGUUUGGUUUUGCAACCGAAGGCAGAGAGAAAAACGGGUGAAAACAAGUCUGAGUCAGAGUUUAUUUUCUAUUUCUAAGGAGCAUCUUGAGUGCAGAUAA